UACCUCUCGUGCCACUGUGCCCGCGGGACCAGUGAGUCGCUGCCGCCCGCGCUCAUUCACGCCCGCUCACGCCUGCCCUCGCCUGCCGCCGCGCGCUCUCCUGGCAGGAAAUCAAGGGAAUUUCUACGUCGGUGAAUUACCGUCGGCGCCACAGCUCGCCAGUGAUAGUGCUCCUUCGCCGCGUGGAGAGAUGCCGUUUUAAACACACUUCCACGGCUGUGCCUUUCGUUGUCUGCGUCCGACCGAGCCUCACCUACGGGAGCAAGAUAUCCCGUCGUCUUCUCUCUCUCUCCCUUUUAUUCCCUCUUCUCCUCGCCCUCCCCCUCCUCGUGACCUGCCCCAAAAGGAUGCUCCUGAGAUGACCCUCCCGGCGAGCCCGCCCUCGGGGGAUCUCGACUGACUCGCAGCCUCCCGAUCUGCCAGUAACGGCGGCUGUUACACAAGAUGUUCGUGUUAUGUAACGACCUCUGUCUCCGCCCUCCCCUCUCCCUCCCUUUAACGCCAUCUCGUCCUUUUCUCCCCCGACGGUGUUGCAGUGUUGUGUUGUGAGGGUUCGAAGUUGUGUUGGCGGCGGUGGUGAUGACAAGUGAUUAAGGGUGCCAAGUCGAGUGCCUCCCGAGCUGCCAGGCCAUCGCGGUUCAGUGUCCCUAUCUCGCUCUCCGCGUGUGUCGUGCAUCGUUUGCCGAGCUGCACGGUAUUCCUCCGUCCCAAAGAAAAGGGAAUAAAAAACACGGAAUCCCCCCCCCCCCCCCCCGCCCCCCCUCGAGUCCUCCCGGGCACACUUGGGGCGAUCGACGGCGGCCGCUUCAGGUGGUCGGGCGGCGGCGAGAGGCCACCCACCUGUGCGUCGAGGCUAACCCGUCGAACGCGUGGUCUCCAUUGUGUCGCCGAAGCAGGAGGAGUGAAGGCGGAGGUGGAGUGUGGCCUCGUCUCGAGGGGUGUCGUCUGACUCCGCCCUGCGUGUGCGGUGGAGCAGCUCGAGCAGACAGAGAGCAAGCUGGCGUGUGCCUUUGGAAACUGAAGCGACGCCUUCGGGAGGCGAGUGCAGCGGAGGGCCUCUCGUGUGCCCGCGACGAAGCUCGGCGCAGCCUCACGGUGCCGUUGGCUGCGACUCAUAAAAGUGGUGUACGGGGACGCUUAUGUCGGGGUCCCUGGCCUCGCCCAAGGCCACAGAGGCCAAGUUUAGGAGGAUGCGGCGCCCCGAGGAGGCCACGUAGCGCCCCCGAGGAGUAGAAAGACAGCUUUGUGGUCGUGACUGUGUGUGAGGGCGCCGAAGGGGGGGAUGCGCGUCUCAGGAGGAUCGAGGAACUCCCUGGGCGUCGGGAGCAACAUGAAUGACAGCGUGAGUGGAGGAGGAGGAGGAGGUGGUGGAGGAGGCGGGCGGUGGAGGAGGAGGAGGAGGAGGAGGCCGCGCGCUCUCCCUGCUGUCCCGCUUAACCAUGAGCAGGUCGAGCAGCAGGCGCUCCAGCAGGAACUCGAGCAGCAGACGGGGCAGCAAAAACGCCGUCCUGAACGCCAGCAACAGCACGAGCCGCCCGAUCCUGCCCGCCGCCCACGAGCGAGACGAGCUCCAGGGCGGCACCGAGGGCGGUUCGGAAGGCGGCGUGGGCGUGAAGAACCUGUUGCAGUGGGCGGCGGGGGUCGUGCAGCGCUUCCGACACCCGUGGCUGGAUCCGGCGCCUCUCUCGUUCAAAGAGUUCCUCGAGAAGGCGAAAGAAGACUUCGAAGAAAAAUGGAAAACUCCUACAAAGGUAAGAGCGACGUCUUGA